CAGACAUGUACACAUGCAAGCAUUAUAGUUAGAUGCAGUCGGUAAACGGAAAAGGAGCUGUUAUGCAGAAACAAAUAGUGGUUGCUUUGGAAUAUAGUGGAAGAUCAUUUUGAACUGAAUGCGAUCCAAGCAAACAUGAUUGCUUUAAAAUCAAGUGCAAACUUUUGGGAACUGAAUGCAAAUGAAAUCUCUUGUAACGUACAGGUCAGGUAUCAAACUAUUGGGAAGCUUUAGGUGUUAUUGCAGCUCACAAGUCAGGAUUAGACCCCGAUUCUCUCCGUGGAGACCAUACUGACAAAAUACAGAGCACUUCUGUUAUGCAAACUAAUGGCUGUGCAGCUUCAAGAACCACACCCAUCAAUUAAGUGUAGAAGCAUGGGUUUAUUUCUUGACUUAACUCAGGGAAUUCUCAACAUCCAGUGCGGUGGUUGAAAUGCUCCACGACGUGACUGAACACUUUGAUGGAACAUAGAACGGCUAGUCAAUGACCUGAAUUUCUCAUUUUGGUACGUUAUUAUACCAUUUUAAGAUUUGUUUCGUAUAAGAGGUUUUGAGGUAACCCUGAGUGGUUUUCCUUAAAUUAUUAAAAAUAGAUAUUUGAU